AUGGCGGUUGUAGUUGGCUGUACGCUCUGUGUAAUGGCUUACAUAAGUUUUUCGUCGGCAGCACUUUGUCCUGACAAAACCAAGUGGAAUUAUCCAGUAUUUUGGAUUGGUCUACCAGGUAACUAUGGAUGUGAAAUUUAUUCAGCAAAUGGGCGCUCAACUAAAGCGAAUGCUGUUUUGGAAUGCCCGUAUACUACAGAUCGAGUUUAUGAACCAUUGACAAUGUUUGGUCAUGAAAUAAACCAGGAAUCACUAACUAUUGCUACUCGAAUGCCGGCUUCUACCGGUAAAAGUUUUCAUGGUUGUUUAGUACAAUCCGAUAACCCAAUUUCAGUCGUAGCAAUAAAUAAGUAUGAUGGUCUAAUUGAAGGCAGUCAGUUUCGGGAACUGAAAGAAUUGGGAACAGAAUAUUAUAUUAUGACUGCAAACUCGAACAUCUCUUCUAAACCAGAGUUCGCCAUCAUGGCGCCUUUCGCGGGUACAAAAGUCAGCGUGCGACUUCCUCUGGUACGACCAAUCUCUGUUAAUUACGGCGGUACGACCUACACCACUGGCGAUUGGAUUAAUGAUACCCUGAAAGAUUUUCAAACCAUGAGGAUAGUAACGAAUAAAAUAGAUUUAACCGGUUCUUACGUCGUGUCGGAUAAACCGGUUGCGGUUGUGGCUGGAGACUAUGAAACCAAAGUUCCGAUUGGCGGAACAGUAGUGAGUGGACACGUAGAGGAAUCCAUGCCACCAGUCCAAGAAUUGGGUAGAGAUUACAUUGUAGCGCCUCUAAUUCACGAGAACUAUACCUGCUCGUUACGCAUUUUGGCUGUAAGUAACGUCACAGAUGUAACAGGCGUUACAAUAUCGAAUAUAACUGACACGGUCGGAUUCGCCGUUUCGAUUCCUUUCAAUGAAGUUUAUGAUUACGACUUCAACUGCGAACUCCAGCUUAUUCGUGCAAACCAAGAUAUUAUGGUCGGACUGUUCACACAAACUGGAGGUAUAGUUGGUGGAAAGCCUGCGUAUUUUGUUUUGACACCGUUAGAGAAAGCGGGAAAUGUAGCGUGGUUUAGCGUGCCUGAUUAUCAUGGUUUAAAUCUGUACUUUGAGCACAAUUACGUGAACAUUAUUGUGAAGGCUUCUGAUGCUGGUGGAAUUCGAGUUAAGAACUCGAGAAUCACAUCCCAAUUCCAUCAAGACAUUGACGUUGGAGGCGAAAACUACUCUGCAUACUCUGUACGGGUAUGGGCAUUUUCUAUUGAAGCUCAAUGGAUUCACCACACAUCAGGGGGUAAAUUUGUAUGUUAUUUUGAAGCGAGGUAUAACGACUGGAGAACUUACGGAUAUACCCUGAUACCUUAUCAACAGGGACCAGAUUUUCUAUUCUGGAAUGCAGAUGAUCAUGUCGCCACUGCUAAAAACAUAACAUACAAUUCAAAUUUUAAUGUCAAAAAGUUUGAAGCAACCAGUAACCGACAAGCAAAGCCCUUUGACGCAUCUACCAACGUAGUUUUGACUAACACCAACAGAGUCGUGGCCUAA